CAUUUCUUCCUCCUCUUUUCUCUAUAAAGUCUCGUUCAUGCACUAACCAGACCCAUCGAUCUUAGAGUCAUUGAAAAAAAUACUUUAAUUUUCAACUUCACAAGAAAAACUCAAGAAUUUUUCUAGAAACAGAGCACGGAGAUUUCUCAGAUCAACAAAACAAAUAUCUACAAAGAGCUCCUUAAACAAAACAAGAAAGAGAGAAAAAUCAGAUCUGGGGAUCAACACAAUGUGUCUGGUGUGUUUAUGCGAUGAGGAAGAGACAGAGUUAGGGAGACAACAAGCACCUGGAUCUUGUCCGUAUUGUGGAGGUAAAGUGCAGAUGCUAGAUCUCGAAAGAAAAUGGAUGUUUUGUUUCGUUCCUCUUUGUUUCAAGAUCAAGAGGAAGUAUCUUUGUUCUUCUUGCGAUCGUCGUCUCGUUUUGUAUCAUUAAAUUAAAAUAAAAUAUAUUAUUGAUUAUUUUAAGAACAACUAAAGUCCAUUGAUAGCGUUUUAAAUUAAGAAAAUAUUCUUAAUCAGUGGUUUUUGGUGCGUUUUUAGUAUUAUCUAUGUCAUGUAAACCGACAUUGGUCUAUUAUAAGUUAGAUAGAGAACUCUUUUGAUAUUAUGUACUUUUUCGAGUUUCUUCUUAGGCCGGUCCAAAAUUAUCAUUUAUGUAAUGGUUAUUUUUACAUCUAAUGAUGAAUCUCAAGUUUGGUGUA